AUGCUUAGAGAGAGACUAUAUAAUCUCAUCUGCACAACACUACAAGGCGAUUACGUUACAUAUGAUGAUACAAGCCGUCUAACAAGCGUGUUCAGUGAGCAACUUGGCCUAAGCCAAGAGCUUGCAUCUAAAUUAUUAAAUCAAUACUUCAGAGGAAGGUAUAUCAGCGGCGAAACAGCACGUAAUCUUGCAAAUUUAAUAUAUGAGAAUCUUGUUCAAAUGAAUCUUGACUCUCAAUUGGAUGAAUAUGCGAGGGCAUUGAAGAAAAGACGCAUUGAUAGUCUCGCAAGAGAAAUUGAUUCAGAACUUUGCCGUACAAUUCGAGGCGGAUAUGUUUCUUAUACCCGUGCUGAACGGGCAGCACAAAGUUUUAGCAGAACCAUUAAAAUUCCAUAUGAAUUUGCUUAUAGGAUAAUGCUUGAUUAUGCACGCGGCAAAUAUUGCAGUUAUGACGCAGCUUCAUAUUACUCACAAAUGAUGGCCGAGAGAAUUAUCUCAAAGUAUGAAAUUAUCCAGAUCUUCAAGAAAGAACAGUACCAAGAGCUGAGCAGGUUGAAGAAAAACAAGCUCCUGCAAGAAAUGAAGUUAACCCAAAGAUUGAAGAAGAAAACCAGAAUAGCGACAGCGACAUUCCUGAAAAAGAAGAAAAACCAAAAAAAGAAACAAAAGAAAAAACAAAGGAGGAAACCGAAGAAAAACAAAAGAAGGAAACCGAAGAAAAACAAAAGGAAGAAACCAAAGUAA